CUUUUGAUGAAGCAUCUAGGAAAUUUGACCCCACCGUUGACACUUUUUCUCACCCAAAGUCUUUCGUCUGUCACUCCACUCCCAUUAUAGAGACCAUCUUCCCGUUCCUCUCCACUUCACCUUCUGCCUUUGACACUCUCUCUGUCUCUGUCCUCAGGAGUUCUGCAAAGGCAAAACAUCAUGUUCAAACUUGGUUCCCAACCAAAUCCUGACGGAGAAGUUUGGGAUCAUAAGGGGAAAACAGAGCUUGUACAGAUUUUUAUUUCGUAUGGUAGCAAGAUUAAUUUCUUGCAAUACCUGCAUGUUGAGAAUGGAACUUUGGUUUUGUCCGAGCGCCUUGGCGGUAGUGACAAUGGAAACAAUUUCAACACGGUUAGACUCAAUUAUCCAGAUGAGUUUCUAACAUCAAUAAGUGGUAGUUAUCUAUUCACCCCAAAAAAAAAAAGUGGUAGUUAUCACACUGAACAAUUUUUUUAUGGUUUCGACGAGGAGGAUCAUGUAAUGACUUCUAUCACAUUUGGUACCAACCAAGGCAGCCAUGGACCGUUUGGAGAACCAGGCAAAUAUGACACAAAAUUCAACUUUCAAAUGGGGCAGGACCGGCCGUUUGGUGGAUUUCAUGGAAGUACUAAGGAUGGGUUACUUGAAUCUAUUGGGGUUUAUGUCAAGCCAUUAGAAACUCUAAGUGACCUUAAAUGUGCUGAAGACUCAGUGGUUUGGCUAUAAUCUGAUCAGACUAAGAUGAAGAGUACUACGAACUCCAGUGUAAUUUAGCCACCUGCAAUAACAAGAACAAUGAGAAUUUGCUGGCUGGGGUGUUCAGCUAAGUCGCAAGCUAUCUCUUAAUAUAAUAGUAUGAAUGUGUAUUAUAUUUUUCAUGCCUGUACUUUUGAGAGUGAAAUAUUGUUUGUAUUAUGUUAGAGAAAUGUUCAACUACUUGAACAUGCUGCUUCUCUGAAGUUUUUGACUGGUUCCACCCUCUGCUCAUAUCCUGACAAUCCAAACACCUAAUUGACCGGAUGUCUAGCCACGUGUUUAUCAAGACCAAGCAGCUAGGCCGAGUAAAUUGUGCUUUUCUUUUUGUUUAGUUUGUUUGCACAUGUAUGCUAGCAUUGUGGAACUCUCUUGUUUUUUUUUUUACGGCUUGUACUCGAAUUUCAUGUUGUUUAAGUUGAAAGGAAUGCUUUUGAUUUAUGAUUUAUCAGGAAAAAACAUAGAAUGUUACUUUUA